AUGGAGAGUGGUCUGAUAUCGGUGGACCGGUGGAGAAAUGGAAGUCAGUCUUACUUCUUGACUCAUUUUCACUCCGAUCACACUCGCGGCCUCUCCGGCGACUGGUCCCAUGGUCCUCUCUACUGUUCCCGCACCACCGCCUCUCUGUUUCCUUCCCGAUUCCCCGGAUUCGACCUCUCCUUGCUUCGCGUCGUCCCUCUCUCUUCCUGGCGAUCUCUCUCUCUCCGAUCUCCUUCCUCCGGCUCCGAAGUUCGCCUCCAGUUCAUGGCCAUCGACGCCCACCACUGUCCCGGGUCUGUGAUGUUCUUGUUCCGGGGAGAUUUCGGAUGUUUUCUCUACACUGGAGAUUUCCGGUGGGAAUUGGAUCAUCUUGUAGCAGACGAAGCAAGGACCACUCUCGUUGCUGCGAUUAACGAAUUCCCAGUCGACAUUCUUUACUUGGAUAACACUUAUUGCAAUCCGAUUUACACUCGUUUUCCUUCCCGUCAAGUCGCUGCACGUCUGGUUGCUGAUAUAAUCGCCUCUCAUCCUUCGCAUGAUAUCAUCAUAGGAGUUGACACUUUGGGGAAGGAAGACCUUCUUGUUCAUGUUUCUCGCAUUUUGAAUAUCAAGAUUUGGGUUUGGCCAGAGCGACUGCGUACCAUGCAUCUCCUUGGGUUCCAAGACAUUUUCACAACUGAUACAUCUCUUACAAGAGUACGAGCUGUCCCUCGGUACAGUUUUAGCAUUCAGACACUCGAGGGGUUGAACUUGAUGUGCCCAACCAUUGGCAUCAUGCCUUCUGGACUCCCAUGGGUGAAAAGACCUCUCAAAGGAGAUGGCAAACUCUCUGGUUCUCUUUUAGCUGCAACUAAGUAUGAAACCAUUCGUGGUCAGAAAGAACUACAAGCGGCGGUGCAUCAGUUCCAUGACUUUAUGUAUUCGGUGCAGUACUCUGAUCAUUCGUGCUAUGAGGAGAUUGGAGAGUUUAUAGAACUCGUGAAGCCAAAGAGCAUGAAAGGAAUUGUGGUUUCGUCAUCAUGUUAUGUUGAGCCUCUAUACUAUUUUGGGCGUAUCUGCGGAGCUAAUCAACCGCCAGAGUUGAUGCCUUUGAGGUCAGACACAAAGCAAGUCCGAGCUGUUAGGAUCAAGUCAUAUUCUGGAAAGGACGAGGCAGUAGUGGCGGAGAAAGAAAAAAAAUGGAAGCGAGGUUGUCAUUCAAGUUUUAAGAGAAACAAGAAGAGAGCACGUAUACAAGUGCAGUGCGCACAAAUUGUAGAGGUUGAUUAG